CACUCCGUGCGAUAAGAUUUAAUUGGAGGAUCCUGCGCUUUCGGGACCAAGGAAAGUUCGGCCUAGUCGACCAGAGGGAUUCGGAGGUAACGCAACAGUAAAAUGAAACGAAUUGGUAAAGAGGCACGCGCGAAGAAAAGGAAAGCCCCGGGAAAGCGAGUUGGAAGGUUGAGCAGGGUGAAAUUGGUGUGGCGGGGGUUGCAUUGAUGGUAGCCCGCACGCUCCAACCCCUCAGUAACGCGGCAGCCUCCGCCGAGGAAGCACAACGGUUUUCUCUCUUCGGUUUCCGAUGUAAAUAAUGCCGCUGCGCCAUCUCAAAUUCCUAUCAGUGCCACGACACUUUAGUGGAUGAUCGUCGUCAGUGUUCGCAUCGAGGAUUUGCCUUUUACGAAAUCGUCUCGCUGAAAGCGCAAACGCGGCCGGCGAAGAACAAUGCGAUGCUACCACUCGUACGACUGCGAUCAACAGGUUAAUUCUUCGUAGACGAACUGUUGGUCACCCGUAGGAGCAGCGCACAUCGCGUCGAGCGUGUCAGCUUUAAUGGCCGGCUGUCGAAAGGUUUCCCACGAACGGUUGGUUCCUUGUCGCCAUUACGCGGAGACAUCGCCGGGUCGGGGCACGCGAAGGGGGCAGAAAAUCACGGCUCGCUGAGAUGAGAAUCGCAUCCGGGGCGAGCGGUUCGCGGGUCGUUCAGAGAGAGCUCGAGCCGAUUCGGAAGCGAGGGAGAUCUUGGGUUUCAUCGUCGCCGACGGAAGCACAAUGAGCCGAGAGCCGGCAGUGCCUCUCGUUCUGUAGAUUGAAAGGAAGGCGGAAGCGGACGCGAUCAAAGAACCGCCGGCGGAGGGGUAUUAUUCACCGAGAGGACGACGAAAUGGCGACGAGCAGCCCCGGACAAUCGAUACAUCUGAAAUCCCCGCGGAGUCCUCGUCAGCUACCGCAACUGCCUCAGAUUCCGAUCGGCGGCCAAAGGAGUCCCACGCAGUUGUCGGUGACCAAGACGCCCGGCACGCCUCUCGUCUUCGAGUUCCCGCCGGAGUUCAGCGGCACGGAGACACCGAACACGAACUUCGACUUCAAGGAGUUCAGCCGAUCGAGCGAUGGCGACCGACCGCCGAGAAGUCCGGGCAGCUACGCGCGCAAAGGGUGCAGGAGCCCGAAGAGUCCGAACAGGGACCUGUUGCAUUCCCCGGGCCAGAAGUCGCCGACGUUCCAGUUCUGCGAGUCGCGAAAGAGUCUCGGGAAGACCAUGAGCUACCCGCCGAAGAGCCCGAUCUCCGGGCCACCAAUGGUCCCGACCAGGUCCUCCAGCUCCUCCAACUUCCGGUCAAAGAGCCCGAAGCCUUUCGACCACAGGAGGAACUCCUGCUUCGGGAUCACCGGCUCCAAGAGUCCUCUGUCGCCGACGAUAGUCACGUCCCAUGGCCCGGCCAGUCCGAAGUACUCGGAACUGAACCUGGAUCAUCAGCCGCAGAAUUCCCCCAGUUAUACGAGCGGCUCGAGGAGGUCCUCCGUGGAAGGAUCGUUCAAGGACAGGAGCGACAGUCCUGCCGAGAAGAAACCUGCCAAGAAGGGCUGCCACUUCAAUCGGAGCCAAGGGUGCCUCGACGAGGCCGGGAAGGGCCAGGCCAACGAGAUCGACGAUGCCUAUGCAAGGAACAUGUCGAGACGGUCUACCAGUGACUUGACCGAGAUCGACGACGUCGAUACGGAGGUGACGCUGCUGUCCAGUCCAAGGAGAAGAGGUUCGAUGAAGGGCGGACUCGCCUAUCUAGCGUCCAGACGUGGCUCUCGCGACAGCCAGUGCUCCAAUUUGUCGAACGUCAGCAACGAGGACGUGGGACCGUUGAACUUCACUGCUCACCCACGCGGCAGACAGCGCAGGACCUCCAACUUUCUCGAGCUGCCAGUGCCAGAUCACAUCAGGCCACGUGUACACAGUUUACCGGAGAAAGCUUACAACCCGAGAGCCGGGGACGAUCUUUAUCGACUUCGUGCGUUCAGCAUCACGCAGAAAGGGAUCGUUAAUCGCGGCGAUUCGAUUAUUUCGAGGCGCAGCAGGAGCAACACUUCCGUCAACAGCAGCAGGAACAGCAACGUGUCAGGGGAAAGAUCUCCUUUCGACGGAUCGUGUUGCAGUGGACAAGGGAUUGCAGCAGACAGCACGGAAAGCGACGAGAUCGACGAUAUCCCCAAAUACCGAGUCGUGUUGCUCGGUGAAUCCGGAGUCGGGAAAACUGCCCUGGUCUCGCAGUUCAUGACCAGCGAGUACAUGAACACCUACGACGCCAGUCUAGGUAAAUAUUUCAACGUAAUUCCUUAUUGACGGUCGCCAUUUUGUCGGCCGCCAGCAGUUUCUCAGCUUCG